UGAACGCACCCACUGCAGACGACUGGAAUGUUUAAUAUGUCUGCUUAAUGACAACAAGUGGUCGAUACGGGGGAAAAUAGUGGUGUUUCUGCGCUACAGGAUAUGUUCGUACGACUCCUUCUACCUCUGAAAUCGACAGAAAGUUGUUAAGAUGUCGAAGGAACCGACGGGAACUGCUGCAGGGCUCACCAACAAAUUUCAACGUCAAGAUACUGCAACUUUGCCCAAUUCGAACAUCAUUAAUAUUUUGCCGUUGCGAUCGAGUUGUGUUUACACUUCUGGAUAUUGUGAGGAGAAUGUUUGGAAAAUGUGUGAGGAUAUAUCCUCACGGCUCCCAUCAGAGUUACAACACUGCUAUGUGGUGUUUGUAUCGAAUAAAGCUCGCACUAUACCUCUGUGGCGUCAGAGGGCAGGUGAAACUGAGGAUAAGCUUGUGAUAUAUGAUUAUCACACUAUGUUGUUGUAUAUGCCUUCUGGAGAACGGUGUGUUGUUUAUGAUCUAGACUCUGAACUGCCUUUUCCAACUCAUUUUCAUAAAUAUGUAACUGAGACCUUCCGAACAGAUCAAGUUCUUGACCCUGAUUACUUCCGGUAUUUUAGAGUGGUGCCUGCAGCACAAUAUCUCCAGAACUUUGCCUCUGAUCGCCGUCAUUGGCGGAAAGCAGACAACACUUGGUUGAAAACCCCCCCAUCCUAUCCCCUAAUCAGUACUUCAGCAAGCAGCCACAACAUGGACCAAUAUGUGGAUAUGGACCAGAGUAAGGGCCCAGGUCAGGUUCUUAAUCUUACCCAAAUUGUCAAACGAUUUUAUCAACAGUCCUCUCAAACAUGAAUAUUUUUCUCCAAGUAUGUCGACUUUUGAUUGAAUAUCAGUGAGGUGUAUUAGUAUCAUGAUAAUUGUGCAUUGAAUAUCAAUGAACUGAUUAAUAUUUGUGCUGUCUAAAUCUUAAGUUCUCAUUUUAACAUUCAAUGCAGCUUCAGCUUCUUGUAUUCAAGCGCUGCCAUUUUUAACUCUGACAAUGCUGUUAGUAAUUUUCUCCUUUAAUCCAUCUCCAUCGGUUGCUGUGGGGAAAAAAGCAAAAGAGAUAAGUGAGUAUUGGCAAACACGUUUUCCUUCCAGUUUCUAUUCCAUUAUCAAAUAUUGCACAUUUAUGUGUUUAAUUUUAAGGUAUGUGAUACUUUGUGGUGCCUCUUUCCUAAUUUUGCUUUCAAAGUCUUAUCAAAACGAAUUGCCAUCAAUCAAAACACACUGCGUUUUGUUUGGUUUCUUUCGUUUGUGGGUGGGAAGGGGAUUAACUUGUUAAAUUUUGAUACUUGUAUUUUGCUCAUUUUUAAUUAUGCCAGUUACUAUACCUUGUCGAACAUUUUAUUUUUAAACAAAAUUACCUCUGAUAUGCACUAAUUUAAUUGAAAUAUGUUACGAUCUCUUUGAGUAGGCCUUGCCUGCUGUGAAUCUAGUCAGUCUUUGGUUUAUAUUGUAAGUGUCAUUCAUUUUAUUUUAUUUUGUACUUAGUCUUGAAUUCUCUACUCAAAUUUAAAGGUGUUUGCAGACACAACUUUUUGUGUGUAUUGCAGGUACCAAUUGUUACCAAACCACAUAUAUGCAGCAGUUUGGCUGGGCCAUCUGUUCUGCCUUAUUAUUUUUUAUUCUUUUUACACGUUAUAAUAGCGAUAAUAGCUUUUUUUUCUUCUGUAUUAAUGAAGUACUCUGAUCUCUCAUCUGGUACUGUACAUUGAAUGAGAUUUAUUGGCAAGUUAACCAACAAUGUCAAUUGCUUGACUGAAAUAAGUCUAUCUGACAUUUAUUCACUUUGAUAUCCUCUACUCAGAAUUAACCCUUUGCACAAAUCCUAUAACAUGAAUAACCUAGUCAAACUUUUUAUCAGCUUUUUAAACUGUUAUUAGUACAAGAGUUUUCUUGAGGUCCUAUUUAUGUUUACUCUCUUGCUUGCAUUGAUCGUAAUUGAUGAUGUUGGCUGUGACUUAUAUUAAUGUGCUGUCAUAAGCUUCACACGACUAAUAUUUAAGUGUCUCUUUAAUGUUGUCAAAAUUAACCGGAUCCAGCCCUUUUGACAAGGCUUUUCUCAAAUCUUCUCAUGAAAGUAAAUGAAUGUGUGCCUGCAUUAGUGCAAUGAGUAUAAUUCUAACUCCUAAGCUUGCUUGUGUAUUGUGCAUGUGUUCUUCUUGCCUAUUUACAAUCUUCAUUUAAUUCAUAAAUUUGAAAUGUGCAACUUGCUUUAAUGUCAUUUACAUAUUUCUCAGGAGCAAAUUAUGCACCAAUCUUUAUGUAUUUGUUUUCAAACAUAUAUUUUCAUAAAAAUCAUCUUGAAUAUCCUGUCUGUAAAAAUUAAUGAGAGAACGUUUUUCCUAUUAGCUGGAAGAAAUUUUGAUUGUGUACGCAAUUUAUAUACCAGUUGGCUGAUUGACCCCAACCCCUUUCGCAGUUAAACUGCACCGCAUGUAGGCGUGUGGGCACGUUUACCUAUCUUCCUGACCACGGCACCUUAUGGACCCGACCGAUUAGGCAACCCAUCCGUACGCAUGCAUGCUGUACCGUUUAACUACAGAAAUUUGUGGGGUAAGUGAAAGACUUGGUAUGUUCUAAUGUUUUCCAUCAAAUGUCUAAAUGUAUUGGUCUAACUGAUAAAGCAUAAUUCUUACUUUUGCUUGCAAUUUCAAACAUUUUAAACUAUUUUUAGUGGUUGGUUUUGGUGCUUCAAAUAAAAGAGAAACAGACGAGCACACACAGGUGACACUAGAGCAUGAUCAAUACAUCAAUUUGAUGUCAAUUUUCAGUGACUGUGACAUGUUUUCUUUUUUAGGAAAUACAAGUAAAAAACGAUUUUUUAUUGAAUCUUAACAAAAGCAUUUAGACGUGUUUCUUUAUGUCCCCUUUUUCAGUUUUAUGGGCUUUUGAUAUAUUUGUGACCAAGUUUUAUUACAGCUUGGGAGCAUUGAUCACGGCUAUUUGUUUUUGGUAUGGGAUAUUAUUUGAUAAGUUUUCAAAAUUUUACUCAAUGUUAAGUUAUAACUGCUCUCAUUUUUUAUUUUAAGAGACCUUGCUAUCCUAUGACUUUUUAUUACCUACUUUAUAAUACCCAGAUUCCUGGAUCUUUCUUGCCUUUUAUCAAUACCUCAAGUUUUUUCAUGUAUGUCUUCUAUGUCUUAAUUCCACUGGGAGUUUUGUGUUUGAAUACAAGAAUUAAUUUCUAUAACAUGAAUCAUUUGGUAUACCCAAGGAAAACAUUCUCACGAGGAUCUCAUUGUGAUCUCUUUAUGGGUUACGAGGUCACCAUUUUGGCACUUAUGACCUCACCAGGGUGAAAAUUGUGGUUUCAUAACCCAUAAAGAGAUCACGAUGAGGUCUUCGUCAGAACAAUGUUUUCCUUGGGACUGAGUUGCCCAUAGCUUUAUAUUCUGAUAUUCGAAUGUGUAAAUUGGCUUUGAUAAGAUUUGCUCAAGUUCUUCAAUUCUGACUACACCCAGAAGGAUAAUGGGUGUAAUUUUCAUCUAUGUUGACUUAGGAUAAGUUUAUCUAUUCAGAUCUGCAGACAAUUCUUGCUUUGCAUGAUCUGAAGUUUUUAAUAUUCCAGUCAUAUUCCAUUGCUUGUAUUGCACAAGUAUUUUUUGUGCAGCAAUUAAACUAUUUUUUUUAUUGUAAUAUAGAACUAACUUAAGAGUAAUAACUCAGAAAGUUAGUUGUUUUCAAAUCGAUACACAUUUACCCUUAUUAAGUCAAUACUAAAGGUGCAAUGAAGUUGUUUUCCUCUUUCUUUUUGAAAGUUUUCCUCAUGGAGGUUCCAUAUAGUCACAGAGAGCAAAAUGUCCUUUAUAAACUACUAUUGGUCAAAUUUCAUUUCAUUUUGUAUUUCGUCUUUUGUGAUUUGUUACACUUCAAUAUAUUGGUCAGACCCUCUUCUUAUACUUAGCUAUCUGUCCCUUUUAAUGUUACAAGGAUAUUAUUACCAAGGCAACAGUGCAAGUAAAAUGGAAACUCUACAACAUCCAGUUUCAUAGUCUGCUUGCCUUUCUAGCUAUUUUCAUGUCCUAAACUAUGCCUCACUUUCCCUUUCACAUGAGAAAAUCCAAGAAAAAACUGUUGCUCUACAUUUACGUUGCUCUAUAUUUAUUGCAUGCUGUUUAAAAGCAUAAGUCUGACUCAAUAUUUACAAAUUACGUAUUUGUAAUGUUCUUCAUACUUUAACUUUCACUGUUAUUUAUGGCCUAAAAGUUUAUUGUACUAUCCUGAACCUUAUGAUUUGCAUCACCUACUUCCCAGUCUCAUGAUAUGACCCUUUUGGAUGUCAUGAAAUAUAACAUCUUCACAA